UUGUAAUAUAGUAUCAAUAUCACGUCUAGAACUCAGUUUAUUAUAAAUUAUUUAAAAAAUUGGCUGUAAAUUAUAGUUUAAUAAAAAUCCAGCUCUGCUAAGUGUUUAUCAUAAAUAGGAUGGCAAAGUGAUAGCCAAAAUUCAGAGAAAUUAGUGGACAAAAAGUGAAAAAACCACUUUAUUUAUUUACAAGAAAACAAAUAAUUUUAAAUGAUGAACAACGAAGAAAAUAAAAUUUUGGCUCACAGACAACAUGUUAAAUAUUUUAUGAGGUUUUUAAAUGUGUUACCAUCAUCACUCUCAUCUCAUGAUACAACCAGGGUAACCAUAGCUUAUUUCUCAGUAUCUGGACUAGAUGUGCUUGGAUCCAUUUCUUCCAUAUCAAUAGAGCAGCAGUCUAGAAUUAUUGACUGGCUAUACAGACUACAGGUUCAUCCAAAUAAAGAAAAUGGCGACAUGUCAGCUUGCGGUUUCCAGGGUUCGUCGACGGUGAAUAUUCCUUUUGACUCUGAAGAGAACCACUAUCGCUGCGGUCACUUGGCUAUGACCUACACUGGGUUGUGUAUUCUUUUGACACUUGGCGAUGAUCUAUCUAGGAUUAAUAGGAAAGCUUUAGUAGAAGGUGUAAAAGCACUACAAACUGAGGAAGGGAACUUCUCAGCGACGCUGUCAGGGUGCGAAUCGGACAUGCGUUUCGUUUACUGCGCAGCCUGCAUAAGCUACAUACUCAACGAUUGGUCCGGAUUCAAUAUCAAACGGGCUACAGAUUACAUUAUCAAAUCUAUAGGUUACGACUACGGAAUAGCUCAGUGUCCAGAACUGGAAUCACAUGGCGGGACUACCUUCUGUGCAUUGGCAACCCUGAGUUUAACCAACCAAUUAGACAAACUAACUGUUGAGCAGAUAGAAGGGCUAAAACGGUGGCUUCUUUACAGACAGAUAGACGGGUUUCAGGGCCGGCCCAAUAAACCUGUGGACACAUGCUACAGUUUUUGGGUCGGCGCGUCUCUGAAAAUGCUCGAUGCUUUACACUUAUCUAAUUUCCCAAAUAAUAGAAGCUACGUUUACGAAACUCAGGAUUGUGUGGUGGGAGGGUUCUCAAAAUGGCCGGACACUUGCACGGACCCAAUGCACACCUAUCUAGGUUUAGCUGGACUCAGUUUGAUAGGCGAGAACGGUUUACUCGAAAUCGUACCAACUUUGAACAUUACCAAACGGGCGCACGAUCACUUGAAAACGUUGCACGAAAAGUGGGCGAGCGAGUCAUAGUUUUAUGUGGCUUUAUGUCAAUUAUUAGUCUGUACCACAGAAUAUAAACAUGUUGUUGCCAUUUAAAAAAUUAUGUUAGAUUAUUUGGCGUUGAAAAUUUAAAAAAAAAACUUAUUUAUGUUGUGUUGCUGUUAUAGUUCGUCAAUUUUUUUUUGCAUUACAUCUAUACCAGGGAUGGUGGAGUAAUUUUUUUUAAUCAGAUUUUUUAGGGGGCUUUUAUACUGUGACCUAUUUAUUUCAGCCCCAUCGUUACAAUCUAAAUAAAAAUCGGACUAAUAUUAUGGUGUGGUAUAUUAAGUACUACGUACGAAGCGAUUCGCUUCCU